AUGACUUCAAAAUACAGGCCAAUAUAUAUUUUCUUGUUGCUAUCUGCUGUAUUUUUCCUGGCAACGAGGAUAAUUAUCGUUCGCCCAAGAGUAAGGGAAGGAUCACUUGAUGACUGGUUUUUCACUUAUAGUGAAGGACCUGUACUCAUGAAAUGGGAAGGAUAUUUGGAACUGUAUGACCGAUAUUUCUCGAAGUUCAAAGGGAAAAACGUAACAAUGCUUGAAAUCGGGAUACAAAGUGGAGGAUCAAUUGAAAUGUGGCAGCAUUACUUCGGUCCAAAGCUGAAUUUUGUUGGUUUUGACAUCAAUCCUUAUUGCAAGAGGUUCGAGAGAAAAAAUGUACAAAUCUUCACGGGCUCUCAACUUAACCGAGCAGAUCUUCAGAUGCUCCAUAAAUCUAUAGGCCCGGUGGAUAUUAUACUCGAUGAUGGAGGCCAUACAAAAAUAAUGCAACAAAAUAGUUUUGAAGAACUAUUUGGAGCAGUCAUUGAUGGAGGUUAUUAUGUGGUUGAAGAUAUUGAGUUCAGUUAUACUCGAGAGUUUGGCUCACAUACUUUUGUUGACUAUGCAAAACAGCUUGUUGAUGUUUUGAACAUGUUUUAUUACAAGAAAAAGCACGUACCUUCGCUACCAAACUUCAAUAGCGAUUUAGCGCUUAACUUAAGUGGAAUUCAUUUCCAUGAUAAUAUGAUUGUCUUUGAGAAGCAAAAAAGAAAAGAACCAGUUCUCCAAAUACGUGGUACUACAAUGAUGGAUGAAAAUGGAAAAUAUCUUAAGAGACCGGCAGAAACAGAAUAUAAUGAUGCCCAACAUCAACCACUUUCAUUUCGAGAUAAGGAGCUUAGGAAGGCUAGAAAACUAGUAAAGGGUUACAAAUGGAAUGUUUAG